CCGAAAGCUUCCGGUUUGGGCAGAGAGGUUCCCUGGUCAAAGAUGGCGGCCCCCUUGUCCAUUCAGCUAGAGUUCGGAGGUGGAGCAGAGCUUUUGUUUGACGGCAUAAGGAAGCACCAAGUGAGUUUGCCCAGCCAGCCUGAACCUUGGAACGUUCGAAGCCUCCUCAUGUGGAUCAAAGAAAACCUGUUGAAAGAGAGACCAGAAUUAUUCAUGCAAGGAGACUCUGUGCGGCCAGGUAUCCUGGUGCUCAUCAAUGAGGCAGACUGGGAGUUGAUGGGGGAGCUCGACUAUCAACUCCAAGACCAGGAUAAUGUGGUUUUCAUCUCUACUUUGCAUGGUGGUUAGACUUAUGGAAAAGGGACUUCAUUUCUGGCCACAGAAUAUUUU